AUGGAGCUCACAGAAAACAAGAACAAAAUGGAAUUCAAACAAACGAUGUGGGCCAGAGCGGUAAUACUUUACUGUGGCGUGGUAUUCCUCUACCACCAGGCCUUAGCAGUGGAUACCUACAUGGCUGAGUUCAUGGUAGAGAGCAAUGUUACAUUUGACAUCUCUGGUACUCUAUCAUCGAUCAAGGAAAUAACUACAGAUAAUGGAAGUAUGACUAUUGAACUGCUUGAACUAACAGCGGAAUGUGAAAUUGUCGGGGACAAUUCUACAUGUAACUGUUCGACAAAGUACAUCUGGAGCAACGCAGUGUGUGACGAGUUCCAGUGUUGCAAUGACUCAUAUUGUAAUGCAAAUAUUUCUUACUUGCCAGCCUUCUGUAUUCCCAAAGUGAAAGUUUGCUUUAAUGGAACAGUCACAGUGGGAAAAGUAUUUAUUGAAACUAAUACUAUCAAACAACAGCUCACAGAGGGUUUUCAAAAAUUAAAUGGGUUUGAGGGCCUUAAUGUAUCUGGACCUAGGGGUGAUGGCCACAUUGUUGAUUUCGAAGUGGAUGUCAGUGUCAUAUUUCUGACUACAAAACUUACAAAAAUAGCAGCUGACCUGGAAACUACUGUAGGCUCCUCUGCCAAAAUAUCUGUUGAAACAUCAGGAUUUGUAAGCAUUAAGUAUCCAAUGAACAAAGUGCCAUACCGCUCAACACCGACGCUGAGUUGCACAUUUAAAGAAACAACAAUUGAUGAAGCAGGUGGCUCUUGGAACUGGAACUUGAUAAAGGGAAGUGAGACAUUUGGCCUGAACACUGGAACCAGCAUAACCGUCACAUUCCCAGAGGCAUCACCUAACUGUACCACAGUCCAAAUUAAAAAGUUGUCAGGGAACUGGGCAGGAAUUUAUAAGUGUGGAUUUUCCAAAGGAUCCAUUGUGCACGCAGCCUCUGCAGAGUUGAAGGUAGCCCUGCUACCAGAUCAGAUCACCAUGACGAGUACCCCACUGACUGUAGAAUGCCAAGGUACAAGCACUCAAAGUGUGACGGUCAACGCAACCAUCGAGAACAGCACAGAGAUUUACAAUGUUACUUGGUCAUACCAAGCUCAAAUGGAACCCCCAAAUCCAUUCUCAGUCUCGCCAGCGGGGACCAGCUACAGCAUAACUCCAAAGAUAGAUUGCUCGCAAUCAGAAUUACCACAUGUUUUCACAGUCAAAUUUAGAAACCAGGAGAACGAGACUGAAAGUGCAAGCAUAACUAUACCAGUGAUUUAUGCUAAGGAAAAGGAGAUGGCUUGUUUAGUAGACCAUCUUUGGCCAAAAACCCCAAAAGGUGACACUAUUGUCAUCCGACAAUGUGAGCCGAGGAGAGUGGGGUAUAACGAGAGGACAUGCAAGGGGCCUGCAUGGAUGGAUGUGCUGGAAAACUGUGUCAAUGAGGAACUUAAUCAAAUUCUAAUUUCAGCAGCAAACUUUAGAGAGGGACUUGGGGCCACACAGGACGUUGCUCGUGAAAUAUUUUCUGGGUUGAAGAACAGCACAGUUGCUGACACGAACAGCUCAGUUGCUGAUUUGAAUGCAUCCAUCAGUGUUCUGGAUGUCAUGUCUGAAGCAUCAGAAACUAUCACCCUGGAUGAGUCCGUUUUAGAUGUUUUUCUUGAUGCAGCAAGCAACAUGUUGAAUAACCCUUGGAAGGCAGUCAACAAAACCAUUGAAUAUGGAAUGUCUUCAAAAUACCUCAAGUCUGUCGAGGGUCUAGUGAAGAACAUCAAAAUUAAUACCAGUAACGGAAAUGACACCCCAAAUCUACAAUUCAAACUCUGCGGGGCUCAAAACAACUCAUCUUGCAAUCGAACUGUGUUUGGCGUGGAGGUCAAAUUGGCCCAGUCCUCAGGAAUAGUAAAAACUGUGGGAGUAAAAAACCUGGCUGACAAAUUAAACAAUUCAAAAUUCCCGAACAGUGAGUUCCCUAGCAUUGUGGUGUCAGCCACACUGCAAAACAGUAACGACUCCAAAAUAGACAUCAAAUUGGACUUUCCAAUCAACCAGUCAAUGUCUCGAGACUCUAAAAUCUUCUGUGUGUUCUGGAACACCACGUUGAAGGAAUGGUCUGAAGAAGGAUGCAAGUGGAAGGAAAUGGUCAACAACAGAAGCUACUGCGAGUGCACCCACCUGACCUCCUUCUCAGUGCUCAUGUCCAAGACCCCGGUGAACCUGCCCUUUCUGGAUGAGAUUACCUACGUAGGCCUGGGCAUGUCCAUCUGCUCCCUUAUUGUCUUCCUCUUCAUUGAGGCGCUGGUGUGGUCGGCCGUUGUGAAGUCCAACCUCUCACACUUCCGCCACACAGCCCUGGUCAACAUCUCUCUAUGCCUUUUAUUGGCCGACUGCAGUUUCCUGGCCUCCUCCUUCCCCAGCAUCUCUGCGACCUGGUGCCUCGUACUGACCGUGACCAAGCAUUUCUUCUUUCUGGCUAUGUUCUGCUGGAUGCUAUGCCUCAGCGUCAUGCUACUACACCAGCUCAUCUUCGUCUUCCACCCGCUGAGGAAGAGGGUGUAUCUGCUCUUGUCCACCGUCCUCGGCUACAUCUGUCCCACAGUGAUCGUGGCAGCUACCUAUGUGUACUACAAAUACACAGGAACCCCCUACCACAACACAACAACCUGCUGGCUCAUUUACGAUGGACUUCUGAAAGGGUCCAUUCACGCAUUUCUUCUGCCCAUCGGGACGAUUGUUUUGAUGAAUCUGUUCUCCAUGUGUGUUGUCAUCAUGACGCUCCUAAAGUCCAAUGUCCCUGAUGGGAGUAAAGCUGACGAAAAAGAAACAGCCAAAAGCAUCCUGAAAGUGGUGCUCUUUUUAACACCAGUCUUUGGGAUAACAUGGGUUUUCGGAUUCUUUUUGCUCAUUGAGAUCAACCAAAUAAUGGGUGUUGUGAUGCAUUAUGCUUUCACCAUCAUAAACUCCUUACAGGGCUUCUUCAUUUUACUGACUGGAUGUUUUGCAGAGAAAAAGGUGCGAGAUGAAGUGUUGAAAGUAAUUUUGGCUGGGGCACCUACUACCAAAGAAAAAAGUGAGAAUAUGAAAGUCCCCUUCAAAUAA